AGUUGUAAAGAGCUACACAAACUGUUUUUAUAUUUUAGAAUUGGGGCCUCAAGACCGUCCAUAAUUUUAGAGGGUGCUUCAAGACCGUCCAUAAUUUUAGAGGGUGCCUCAAGACCGUCCAUAAUUUUAGAGGGUGCCUUGAAAUUGUCCAUAAUUUUAGAGGGUGCCUCAAGACCGUCCAUAAAUUUAGAGGGUGCCUCAAGACCGUCCAUAAUUUUAGAGGGUGCCUCAAGACCGUCCAUAAUUUUAGAGGGUACCUCAAGACCGUCCAUAAUUUUAGAGGGUGCCUUGAAAUUGUCCAUAAUUUUAGAGGGGUGCCUCAAGACUGUCCAUAAUUUUAGAGGGUGCCUCAAGACCGUCCAUAAUUUUAGAGGAUGCCUCAAGACCGUCCAU